CGGGCCUAGGACCCCCCCCCCAUGGAAAACCAGCCCUGGCGGGACACCUUGGGGUGCUGCAGUCAACACCAAGAAAACCCCCAGGACCCCGAGGACAUCUUAUUCCUGCUGCUGGGUCUCAUCAUUCUUGUCAACAUUAGCAUUAACAUGGCAACUGUGAUGUGGCAUGGGCUCCAGAAUGCCUUAGACAAGACGAUCUAUUGGAUUAACCAGAAAAGUGAAGUCUGGGCUAGCGACUGUUCCGCCAAAGAUCCUCCAGCCAAGGCCCAGGAUAUCCACGUCCACUGCACCCUGGACCCUGUACAGGUGAAGAUGGCCCCGCCCACACACUCCUCCGCUUCCUCCGGUCAGUACCCUUUCAACUGCCACCGCCGCCGCCGCUACCAGCCCAGGCCACGGAACCACAAACAAUUCCCCAGGGGCUUCCGAAUCGGUCACAACCAACCUUACGGCUGCAAGACCUUAAAGCCACGGCCAGUGCCCUUCUAUGACCUGGAAGACCAGGACCCCUACGUGGAGGAGUUGGAAGACUCGCCUUUCCCAGUGCUCAAGUACCCACACCAUCGGGGGAGGGGUGGGCUCUAUCAGCGAAAGGAUGUGCCCUCCAUUGUGGGCCUGUGGGGCCGCCAGGGCGGGAUUCUGGCCAGCCUGCCACCGCCCUCUCUCUACUUGUCCCCGGAGCUGCGUCGCCUGCCCAGGCGGGUCCAGGCCAGGUCGGAGCUGAGGCUGCAGGCCUACGGGCCCCAAGGCUCGCAGUCCCGCACAUGCGGCACUGCGGAGGCCAAGCAGUGUACCCCGUCUCCACUACCUCCCCGCCGGCCGCCCCCUAACUCCUCCUGGGUCCCUGGCAGGCAGGGCUCUUACUCCUCAAGGGGCCAUGUACUGUGUGACACCUGGGAUCAGCGGCAGCGUGGUGUGGAGAGCUCUGAGCCGCCUCCACCCUUGAUGUCCCGAAGUGGCCGGCCAGAGGCCCAGGCCCACCAGGAGCACUGCUCGGCACAGUCCCAGGGACGGAGCCACCUUGGCCACGCUCACAGCCAGGCCAACCGCAGCCCAUAUCCAUCCACGGGACACGUAGGCUUUGGCUCCCGGGAUGCCCAUGACAUACGGCGCCGGGCAGCUGACUGGGCCGAAGCUUUGCCGGCUCGGCACCCUCUGACCACCUCCACCUCCCUCACCGUGUUGGGCGAAGUCUCCCACCAUCGAGCCCCGGCUGCCAGCUCAGCCUUGCUUCCGCCCUCCUCCCAGCUCCUGCCUGAAGCUGACCAGGCUGUGGAUCCUACCCCACCCUCAACUAACUUUGUCCCACUUAGACGGAACCCAGGGGGCAAUGCCAGUUCCCAGGUGUACGACAGCCUGGAGCUGAAGCGGCAGGUGCAGGAGAGCAGAAUACGAGCCAGCUCCCUGCCACCACCUUGCACCUUGACCUCCAGGCCUUCUCUGCACAAGAACCGGACUGGGAAAUUUAACUGACCAGCAGGUCAAAGUGUGGCAGGACAAGA